AUGGACGUGGUAUCGGAAUCCGGUCGAAAGCGUGGUCGCGAUGGCGACGGGGAGAUGGAUGCCGUUUCGAUGGGUCUGGAUGAGCAUCGUAGUAAACGAAUCCAAUGCCUUCCUCUCCGAACAUCGCCAAAGUCGUCCCAGCAGUGGCAGUCUGCAUCGCUUUUUACUCCCCUCAGCUCCGACUCUGACGACCACAUUUCACAGCCCAACUUUGCCUCCUGGUCACACCAGUCUGCAGUAAGCUCUCAACAUUAUAGUGGUGCUGAGCCAAACAUGGUGAUGAGCUCUGGCCGAAUGCCCACGCCAAUGCAGCCAAAUUUUGCGGCGCAAGUGCGAGGCCAGCAGAACGAGUGGGCUGGUCCAGGUCCGGUUGUGACGACACUCAAUGGAGUUAUCAACCUGGGUCACCAUCCCUCAGGCUUCUCAGAUGACCAGUCUGUACCUCGUAUCAUGUCGGGCCUGGAAGAUUGGCAAGCCGUGCAAAAUCACCGAAGGCUACCCUCGCCGAUUUCGGAAGUAGAAGACUGCGUACAAUAUCAAGAUAUCGGUGAUGCUAGUAUGAUGAUUGAUGACAACGUGGGCGUAGCCAUGGACGCUGCCGCAGCGCUGCCACCAUCGCCGACCCGUGUGAUGGACCACCCCAAUAACAUGAUGGAUGUCGAGUCGCCGCCACAUUCGCGUGCGGUCGACUUGGACGGCGACGUCCCCUCGCCUAGCCCUGGCCGGAGAGGUCAUAUGCGGAGCAAGCAUACCAUUGACAGUUGGACAUGGCAGCCCGGAAUGAAGAAAAGUUUCAGUAUCGGGUACCGAGCGGAUUGUGAAAAGUGCAGACUCAAGGUUCCCGGGCACUUUAAUCACAUCGUCAUCUCAUAG